CGGCCGAGUUCGAACUCCGCAUGCAUGUUGCCCCUCAACCCAAGGAGAGCUGGAGCUCGAUCUUGGCGGAGGAACCGUGGGAGCGAGCACGCAUGCACACAGCCAGAUGGAGACGAUCCCCAUCGCAGGCCCGGCCCUGGAGUGUGCCCGAGCGCAGGCGGCGUGCGCGCACGCGCCAGGGAGGGCAGGGGCGGGUGACGUGGGCCCUCGUCCCCGGCGGCGCGCUCGCGCCCCGGCCACGCCAGCCCCCGCGGCGCGUGCAGCGCGCGCUCCCGCCUCGGGCCGCGCGGCGGCGGGCGCGAGCCGCCGCCGGACGCGGCGCGCCCACUGGUUGUUGUUACUCCUCCUAUUAGUUGAGAUUUCGGAGGGGGGAGGCGGAGCGCGGAGCCGCAGAGAUCGAUCUCGCCCUCAACCAGCCACCGUCGGGGAGCUACGCGUUGCCGCCUAGCCGGCCGGCCAGCCAGCCUCGUCCUCCUUCCUCUUCCCUGCCCGUCGUCGCGCUCCGGUCUCGUGCGUACGAGCCUGCUCGAUCCGUCGCCGCCGCCACGUACGGGAGCUGCCGAUGGACGCCGCGCAGGCGCCCGCGGGAGUGGUGGUCGACGUCGAGGCGCUCGCCGGACGGGGAGGGAGCCACGCUCCCGCUGCGCCGCCCAAGGAGCCAGCAUGGAAAAGGUUUUUGUGCCACGUUGGACCAGGAUUUAUGGUUUCCCUGGCCUACCUUGAUCCCGGGAACUUGGAGACGGAUUUGCAGGCUGGAUCCAGUCACAGAUAUGAGCUCCUCUGGGUGAUCCUGAUUGGCCUCGUCUUCGCACUAAUCAUUCAGUCACUAUCUGCUAAUCUCGGAGUAGUCACAGGGUGGCAUCUUGCCGAGCUAUGCAAGGCGGAAUAUCCAACAUGGGUUAGAAUCUGCCUAUGGCUGCUGGCAGAGUUAGCUGUGAUUGCUGCAGAUAUCCCAGAAGUUAUAGGGACAGCUUUUGCUUUCAACCUCUUGUUCCACAUCCCUGUUUGGGUAGGGGUUCUCAUCACCGGCUCAAGCACGCUUCUCCUCCUUGGACUGCAAAAAUAUGGGGUUAGGAAGCUGGAGCUUUUGGUUGCGCUAUUGGUGUUCACCAUGGCAGCAUGCUUCUUCAUAGAGAUGAGCAUUGUAAAGCCUCCUUCAAAGGAGGUUAUCCACGGGCUAUUCGUCCCUAGUUUGAGUGGUUCUGGUGCUACUGGGGACACUAUAGCCCUUCUUGGGGCUCUUGUGAUGCCGCACAAUCUAUUCUUGCACUCUGCCCUGGUACUGUCAAGGAACACACCCUCAUCUGUAAGAGGAAUCAAGGAUGCUUGCAGAUUCUUCCUUUUUGAAAGUGGCGUAGCGCUGUUUGUGGCACUUCUCAUCAACAUCUGUAUUGUCUCUGUCUCUGGAACCAUCUGUAACUCAAGCAAACUCUCACCUGAUGACUCAGCAAAAUGCAGUGACAUCACCUUGGACUCCUCGUCCUUCCUCCUCAGGAAUGUGCUAGGUAAGAACAGUGCCGUUGUGUAUGGAGUGGCACUCUUGGCUUGUGGAAUAAGCUCAACCAUCACUGGCACUUACGCUGGGCAAUACAUCAUGCAGGGUUUCUUGGACAUCAAGACGAAACAGUGGUUGAGGAACUUGAUGACUCGCAGUAUUGCGAUUGUACCAAGCUUAAUUGUUGCCAUCAUCGGUGGGUCCAGCGGCGCUGGCCGUCUCAUCAUCAUCGCAUCGAUGAUAUUGUCAGUUGAGCUACCGUUUGCUCUCAUCCCACUUCUAAAGUUCAGCAGUAGUAGCAACAAGAUGGGAGAAAAUAAGAACUCCAUCUAUAUUAUUUGGUUCUCGUGGAUCCUCGGGUUUAUCAUUAUUGGGAUAAACAUCUACUUCCUCAGCUCUAAACUAGUUGGCUGGAUCUUCCACAACUCGAUGCCGAUUUACGCUAGUGUGCUCAUCGCCAUUGUCGUGUUCCCCCUUAUGCUGCUCUACAUCUCUGCCGUGAUCUACCUGACGUUCAGGAAGGACACCAUCAAGUUUGCACUUCGUGGUGAGCUGCAGGCUGUUGAAACUGACAAAUCAAAGGUCGCCAAUCAUAGCAGCAAUGAGGAAAACAAGGAGCAGCUUGUUUAGUCGUCCCAUGUUUGCAGGCAUAUGCUAGCUUUGAUAAAUGCCUGUAUGUCACGGUUGCAAGGGCCAUACAGGUUUAGAAAUAGAAUCAAAGCAUCAAUCAAGUCUGGAGAAUGAUUUCACGAUUGUUGAGGAGCUUGAUGACUAAUAUUCGAAGAAAAGAUGUUGCUACUAAUUGAUCUUUAUACAGCACGCUUGGAGAGAAUGGCAGCACGACAACUGGGAUUGACACUAAAGCUCGGAAUGGUUUAAAGAUAAUUGGUGAGAACGGGCUUGAAGCAUAGUUAGAUCCCUGAGUUGUUCAUGUACGAAUUCCUGCAGAAGCAUAAUUUUUUGAAAGAAUCUUUAAUCUGGAAUGACUUCGAUGUUGUUUCGGUUGUGAA